UCUCGUCUGCCCUUCGCUCGCGUCGGACGUCAUUCUUGCGUUCAAAACAAACGAUGAAUUGUUUCACGCGAUCCGCACUCAGAGCUGUCGUCGUCCGCCGCACGCGCGUCGUCUGCCUGUCGUCCGCGCGUUCAGUGAUCGGGACGUCACACGCGUCGCAGAGAGACGACGAGGUCUUCACUUCGCGGCUGACGGCCGCCGACGCGGGAGUUGUGGUGCUGUCUCUCAACCGGCCGAAUGGCGCCAACUCUUUGUCGCGCGCGAUGGCCUCCAAACUCAACGAAUCGUUGUAUCAGUUGUCGAAAGACGAAGAACUGCGCGUUCUUAUCAUCCGCUCGACAGUUCCCGGCAUCUUCUGCGCCGGCGCCGACCUCAAGGAGAGGGCAACGAUGCCCGAAAAGGACAUCCCGCCCUUUGUGGCCAAACUGCGCGCCAUCGGGAACGCCAUCCACGACUUCCCGUUCCCCACAAUCGCGGCGAUCGACGGCGCGGCCAUUGGCGGCGGACUCGAGUACGCGUUGGCCGCCGACCUGCGCGUCGCCGCUUCGAACGCCAAACUCGGUUUAGUGGAGACGAAACUGGCGGUCAUUCCGGGCGCCGGCGGAACGCAACGCCUCUCGCGUCUCAUUCCCAUUCAUUUGGCGAAAGAACUCAUUUACACGGGACGUCUCAUUGACGGCCACUCGGCCUUUCAGAUGGGAAUCGUUAACUAUUCCGUCGAACAGAACGCCGCCGGAGACGCCGCCUAUCGUCGCGCGGUCCGUCUCGCCGAAGAGAUGAUCGCCAACGGACCCGUGGCUCUGAAGGCGGCCAAAGUGGCCAUAAAUCGCGGCUCAGAAGUGGACAUCAUGACCGGACUCGCCAUUGAGGCCGCGUGUCAUACGAUGACUGUCCACACGAAGGACCGCUUGGAGGGCUUGGCCUCGUUCAAGGAGAAGCGGGCGCCCAAGUACAAGGGGGAGUAGGCUAUAGGCUAAGGGGGGCGUAAAGGGGGUUCCACUCGGGAGCCAAUCAGAAAUGCAAUGCUUUUAAAUAAACAAAUACUGACGUCAUGUGUACUGACA